AAUAUAACUAGCUAUAACAGUCCAACAGACAUAACAUUUGCACACGACACGCAGAACCACUACGUCACUAAAGCGUUCAUUUGUAAACACAAGUAGGUUCGCGUAUCUUGUAAAACAUUCAAAACACUAACGGUUACUGAAUAUAGAAGGUUUUAGAUAAAGAAAAUGGCAGAAAAAAGUGAACAACCACCACCUUAUGAAUAUCAACCACCGCCAGAAGGUGUAGUCCAGUAUCCACCAAAUUAUACACAACCCACACCAGGACAGCCUGUAACACAACACGUGAUUGUACAAGAGGUACCGGUGGUGGGAAUUACUCCUAGACCAGGUUCUGUUGGACGUUACCAACAAUCACCAGAACUUAUUAUAUGUCAACACUGUAAUGCCACAGUGACAACAUCUGUUAGUUAUGAGACAGGAAUGUUAACCUGGGCGGCUUCCGGUAUCCUGUGUUUGGUAGGGUGUUGGUUCGGCUGCUGUUUAAUACCAUUCUGUGUAAAUGCCAGUAAAGAUGUCAUUCACACGUGUCCAAACUGUAAACAACUGAAUGGAAAAUUCAGACAUUUUAGUUAGAAUAGUUUUGUUAUUAUGAAGAAUCAUUACAAGCAUUUUACCAUACCUCUUAUAACUUCGUUGGAAACAAGCAUUUUCCUAUUUAUGAAUUAAAUAUUUAUGCAAAAAUCUGUUUUCCAAUUUGAAUUUGGCUGGGUGUAUAUAUUUUGUUUUAGAUUACCUUCUGAAAUUCAGUUUCAUUUUGUGAAGAUUUAUCAUAAUAUCUUGAAAGAUGAAAUUAGGAACCCCGGGACAUUUUCAACAUUUAGGGAUUCAUUGAUAUCCAGGAAUUUAAAGUAAAAAUUAAAACUGUAAUAAGAAUGUGCAGAAUUUGAAUAAUGGGGACUUUUUAAGAUCAAGUAAGGAUUAUACUUACAAACUUGUUAUUUCCAUCUACUGGCAACGCCUCGUGGUUAUUUUUUAUAAAAGAGAGGUUAGUUGCACUGGAAUUACCUCACUUUAUGCGCUUUAUUUAUUGUAAGAAUAUAUACAUAUUUCGUUGCCCAUGAUUAUUGUAUUAGAGAAACCCAUAGUGUAAAGUUUCAUCAUAUUGACAUAUUUUGUGUAAGACUAAUGACAGAUAUUUAAAUACAAGUUCAUGAUGUGUAUAAUUUAAGCAUUUAGAAAUAUGUCCCCGCAAGGUUAAUUGCAAACUGGAGCUUUGGGGUUGCAAAAAAAAGAAAGAAAUAUAGACUGAAAACGAUCAAUAAUCUGUCAAUACACAAACCGCAAGUAUGAUAGAAGAAUGUCGCCGUGUAGCAGCAUAACAGUUUUACUCUUCAUUGGAUUAUUUUUAGAUCUGGAAUUGAUGUUUUAAUUAUACGCGCACAUAACCUUCCUUCGUCAACAAUUUCUUGUACACACUUGUUCAGAUUAGUGAAAUAAGGAAGCCUAUAAACAAUUUCCGUUAAUUAGUUCUUGAAUUAUGACCCUUGCUCACUGUAUGUGGUGUACAACCAAAGUAAAACUCGACACAAAACAACUCCAUAUAUAGUUUAUUACAUUUACCAUAAUCUACAUAAAAUAGACAAACAAAAUUAAAAACAAAUCAUAAACCCACAAGAUGUGAAAUAUUGUCAGUAUAUUCAAUAGCACGUUUUACUCCCGUCAACAGUUGAUUCUUGGUGCUUAUAAAUACGGUGUUAAACUCUUCUGUAUUUUUGCCUUAGAAAUAAAUCAUACACGAACUUGGGCGUUUGCAAUUUUUAAAGAUAUGUUGUAAUUGGAAUGAUAAAUGUCAUUAUAUAGUAAUAAUGAGUUGCUAAUCAUAUUUGUGAUUGAUUCAUGAGUAAAUUUUGAAUGCAAGGAAAGUGAAUAACAUUUAAGAUACGCGGUAACCCAUGACACAUGAACUAGAUAACAGUAAUAAUAAUGAUAGAGUCUAUAAUCCUUUGUUUACUUAAGUUUUCACAGCUCUCUGUCAUCACACCGUUUUGUUGGAGGGCAUUGUGGGUUUCAACCACUUGUACAUGUAUUAACUACAAAAAGUCAUUAUCGGAUCUUUAUGGAACUUUUGGUAUCCGAGGACCCUGUUUUUCUUUUUUUUUUAAUUUAUGCUUUUAACAAUUUUCAAAUGUAAAUAAUUUAAUUAAACCAACCUGUCCAUAAUAUCAUAUUCAUUGUAUUGGACGUUAAAUCUGUAAUAAACAACAACAACAACCACUAUAAAUUUAUCGUUUCGAUUACUGUGAUGAAUACCAAUUGCCAACUUUUCUGAUAGCUACUUCUUGAUCAUAGGAUCUUGUCAACAUGCCAUUGGUAUUAUACAGAUUUUGCUACUUAUUUUUGUUUUGUUUUUUUUACUUGAAAAUCAUAGUGUAACAAAUCAUACGGACUGCACGGACAACUAAGCUGUCGUGGACAUAUUUUAUUGCCUGGCAACCUAUCCUUCAAUAGUUUUAAUUGAUUUGUCAGUCAGUGGAUAUGCAUUUAGACUGUCGUGGAAAUAGAUCUUUAAUUUCCAGAUGUGCCUUUAUUAUUUAUUUAUGUUUUAUCGCUUACAUAUUAUGUAAUACGUUUAUUAAUAAAUAUUUAAUACAUCGGUUUGUUAAAUAUUAUGCUGGAGUUGACGUGCUUUUGAGCAACGCCAUAUACGUAAGUAAGUUUUACUGUGUAAUUUUGAUAUCCAUGUAAAUAAUAAUUCAAGUUUCAUCCUAACCAAACAAGUAAAAUAAUAUUUACAGUUAUGGUCUCUGUGGAUUAAAAUCAGAUAUUUUAUUAUACAGAUUUUUUUCGUAUAAAAUGUAACAGUUCUACUACUUUUUGUCUUAAAUAAAAUUAUGCAGCUACAUUUUGCUAACGGGGUGUAUAUUUUUGAUCUUUGGUAGUGCAGGUCAAUCGGCGUUUAAAGCGAAAAGAUGUAGAUAUUAAAAUUUAAUUCAAUUGGUAUUUUUGCCUUGUAUUAAUUUUUAAAAUUAAUUUAUUGUAUAUAUACAGAUUCAGUCUCUUCUAUAGUAGCAAAUGCUGAUUUAACUUAUUCGGAGUAUUGAACAUAUUCUAAUUGUAUGGCCAAAUAAAGUUUGCCCACAUUGUACAAGAGCAAUAUAACGGUUUUAAGGGGAAACAAUUGAAAACAUGGGACCAUUUUAUUUUCGAAAAUAUGUCACUUAUAAAUGCUUGGAAAAUAUGAAAUAAUGUCUAAAUAGAUUCAAAUUAAUACAACGUUUCCAGAAAAUUAAACCUUUAACAAGGAUUAAACCCGAAACGUUGAUAAAGCAAUCAGGUACUAGUUAGUAGUGACUAAUACUUUCUGUAUGUUUUUAAUGGUCAAAUACUUUUAUAAUAACUGUGUAAAUAAAUAUUUGUAAAUUAAACCUUA